CCUAGUUUCGCACUAGACUACAGCAUGUUAGCAUGUCUGCAUGUCCCUCCAGAUUUUAGUUUAGACAGCCCGGGCAGCGGAGUUUGGGUGCAGUCGGCGAUACGGAAGAGAAUGAACCAGGCCAGGGGAUACAUACGCCCCAGGCCAGGGGGGUGGAUGAUGAUAAGUCUCUCUGUCUCGUGGGUUGGUAUCAACACUAGUAGGUAGACAGACUAUGGAGUAGCACAUCAUUUGAGAUGAGACGGCUGAUCAAGGCCGCGAGUUUCCAUGGGAUCGUGAAAGCAUAAAGAGGACGGUACCCUCGCUCGAAAUGAGCAUGGUUUUCCUUUCUGUUCUCUAACCAAAACAACAAAGCCUCGCUUCUAUCUUCUUGUCCCUUCCGAUCCAGCAGCUGUCUCGCCCACCUCAGCUACCACUAUAUCUCUACCAUCACCAUCACCAUCAACAACCACAACCACAACAACAACUCUUUACUACUACAACAUUCACAAUGUCUGCUCUUCCUCCUCAAAAGUUCCUCCCUCUCACCCCGGCUCCCAAGUCUUCUUUCCUGUCUCUCGCCCCAGCCACUUCUCCCUCAUACCCUCAGAAGCCGGCUGCCCGCUCUCACACUCGUCCCUCUGCUCCUCGACGAGCCUCGACUGAGUCGUCCAGCUCCAGCUCCAGCUCCAACAACAGCUACCGCAUCCUCAAGCUUGGACCUGUUCACUACGGCGAGCAUGCCGAUGAGCACAAGACCGACUUUCAUGAUGUUAUCCUUCACUGAAGAAAGUCACGGUAACCUUUGUGUGAAUGGCGUGCUUUUGUGAGAAAGGCGUGAAAUUAUGACAGCGCAAGCGAUGAUUUUAUUUUAUUCAUUUCAACUUUUAUGAAUAUGGCACAACCAACAACAAAACUUUCCAGGAUACCACAUUGAUUUGGCAAUUUUUGAAUAAAAAAAAAAUAAGAAGAAGAAAAAACAAGGCUAAAAAAGAAAAGCAAAAAAGCAAGAGGUGAACAAAAAGGACCCUCUCCCCCCAACUGUGGAAAAAGAUGGGGGGUGGGCAUCUUCAGCUUCGGUUGAAUGGAACAAGAGAAUCGAAUCAUACGGGAUUAGGAUUGAGGUGGGCGGCUUUGGUCUGGAUCCUGUGAAAGCAAGAGUCUUGAAAGGCUGAGCAAGAAAAUUGAAGCGAGGUUUAUGCUGUUUUGCAUUUCCUUAUUAUCUCUGUCUUUAUUUGUCUAUCGCUGAGAAAGGAAAGGAGAAAGAAGAGAAAAAUUAGUGGAAUCGAAGGGGGGGAGGACUUUACUGUCUCUAUUCCCUACCUAAUAAGGAUGCUGGAAAAAUUGGAUCUUGGCCUACAGUAGCACUAUUGAUAGCGACAAAUCAUGAUUCCAGUCCUUUCCGGAUAAAGCAAAGAGUGUCGAAUCUGCAACCAGAAGGGUCCCUGAGUGACGAUGAUCAUACACACACUGACACAAUAGAGUCAAUGGGCAUUUCGGCACUGGGACCGUGUGCCAUGGAUAGAAAUGCGGUGCCUUUGGGGGUGCGGUAUGGGCGGUAAGCCAAUGUGAGAUUGACAGACAGACAGCUGACAGAUAGAUUUGCAAGGCUGUCCUAUCAGUUAGCGUGGUUGCAACACGGGCUGGACGGGUCUCUUCUCUUUUCAGUCUGAAGUCAUUGAUCUUCGGUCUUAUUAUUUGGCAUAGAUAGCAAAGUGUGGGCAAUUGACGUGAAUCCAUGAGUUGUCCUUUUCACUUUCUGUCAUCCGUCCAUCUCCAUCCAUCCAUCCAUCCAUGAUCUGUAAAGGUCUACAUACACACACAUACACACACAUGCAAUGUCUGCCUACACACCCAUAAACUUUCCAGAAAACACCGGCAUUUCAUUGAUUCUAGACCGAUCAUGUGCAAACGCACAGAAAAGAUGGUCUAAGUUGGUCUAGAUAGCCUGGAUAGCGUAGCAUUACCGCGCCGCGUCUCGCAUUGCAUAAAAAAAAGAGAACGUGCCAUGAAUAGCCGGAGCCUGCCGCCCGCGCAGACUUGCUAUAUCCGACUGUUAUUUAAUAACCAUGAUCUGUUUAUACACGAUCCAAUCAGGUUCUCAUGGUCUUUUUGCCCAGGCUCUCGGUAGACUCAGGGCCCGGGGUAGCAGUUUCGGGAGGUGACCGAGAAACCUGCAUGACGUCCACUGAAUUUUUCACCCUUUCACCUUUUUUUUUUCUUGUUUCUUUAUUUUGUCGGUAUUUCCUGUCAAAAUCCCACUCUUUUUAUAAUUGUAUGUACAACAUGGGGGGCGGAGAGUAUCACCGGCCUUUCAAGUUUCCCUUAGCUUUUUCAAGCGGCCAAGGUACACAGCAUUGUUUUCGUCAGAGAUAAGAAAAGGCAAAACAAAGAUGGGUGUUCCUUCUAAAAGUAUCCGACCUGAAUACCAUAAAUGUGUCAGCUUAUUAUCCCAUAAAACACCACGAAGCGUGGGUGGUGAUAGAAAAGGGACCCCCAAACUAGGCUUCAUUCAUCCUCCUCAACGCGUGGGCCAUUUGCGGGGGAAGCGGCUUGUCUGCCACAAGGUCAAUUGGUAAGAAAAUCAUGAGGCACGCAAAUACGUCAUUCCUCAUUUCAAAGCUCGUUCGUUGCGCGUGACCUGCUUUUGCUAUCGGAAGCGGACGGUGGUCCUCGGUGUUCCGACGGGGAUAUUGAGGCGUGUAUGUGCGGAUACUGUCGAACAAUUAUAACUGCUAUGGUUGGUUAAGAACGGACUGUUUCAGAGACUGUGCUCGUGUACGGAGGCGCAUUUGAGACAAGAGGUAUGUAUGAAUAAGAUUGCUUGCAUAAUAGCAAGGCUACACCAGGAGAAAGGUUAAACAGCAUCGCCAAGACGGCACACAAGAUGCUCAUGCUGAUCACUCUUAUUGUACCGUAC